AACAUGCUUUGUCUUCUCAGAUGGACAAUUGCCUGCGUCAUGGGAGAUGUAUUUCAAGUUGCGCUAUCAUUCAGUGGCGUUCAGCGUGAAUAACGAUACUUUAAAACUCUAAGUCCCGCCUUACACUGCGAGAGAGAGACCUUUUCAGCAGUAGCCCGAAGUCAGUCAGCAAGAGUCAGGAAAAGAAGAAAAGGACACAUAUAAUUGCAAGAAAAAAGGCUCAACUUGUGACAGACUGCAUGCAAUGGCUUUUUCAUCAAACAUCACUACAUUCACUCUUUCUGGACUUAAUUUAACAAAGGAAAGCAAAUAUAUAUAUUUUUCACUGGCUCUUCUGGCAUAUUUUAUGGUGUUAUUUUUCAAUCUUAGUCUUGCUAUCACUGUUCUUCAUGAAAAGACACUUCACGAGCCCAUGUACAUUUUCCUGUGCAAUUUGUGUAUCAAUGGAAUAUAUGGAACCUCAGGUUUCUAUCCAAAAUUCCUGCUUGACAUAAUCAGUGACUCACGUGACAUUCCAUAUAGUGGAUGUCUACUUCAAGUAUUUGUGAUUUAUUCCAGCGUUAUGUGUGAUUUUACCACACUGACAGCGAUGGCAUAUGACAGGACUGUAGCCAUAUGUCGGCCAUUAGAAUAUCACUCUAUAAUGACGACCCAGGCUGUUGUUACGUUGCUAAUAUUUUGCUGGCUGCAUCCUUUGUUUUGCUCCGUUCUUAUGAUCGCUUUGACAGGAGUGUUGCCUUUAUGUGGGUCUCACAUAGACAAACUGUACUGUGACAACUGGUCUAUUGUGCGGCUUUCUUGUUUUCCUACCACACUGAAUAAUGCAAUUGGAUUCAUUGUAAUACUUUCAUUCAUGGCACAUGCCAUUUUUAUCCUUUAUUCAUAUAAGAAAUUGAUCACUGCAUGUAGAAAUUCUAGAGAAGACAAGCUGAAGUUUAUGCAGACCUGUGUACCACAUUUACUUACCAUAACAAUUUUUUCAAUAUCUGUGCUUUUUGACACAAUGUACAGUCGAUAUGGAUCAAAGGAUACCCCACAGAGUCUACGCGAUUUCAUGUCUUUGGAAUUGUUAAUAAUCCCACCCCUUUUCAACCCUAUUAUUUAUGGAUUAAAACUUACUGAGCUCCGCAGAAGAAUUCUGAGACCAUGCAAAAGACUUACAGUUGCUCAGAACAGUGAACCAGGAAGAAAAAUAAGAAGAAGAAUAAUAUUUUCAUGAUAAGUUCAUU